AUUAAAAAAAAUUCAAUGUUAUAAAAACACCAAAAUUCAACCUAACUUUCUUCCCAAAACAGAAACAAAAAUAACAUUAUUAUAACCUUAGUUUCAACAAACUUCGGCGCUGAAUUUUGUUUUUUCAUUUUCUUAAGGUUUAUAUGCUUUUGUUGAAAUUAUUGGGAUAAAUUUUCCUGAGGCUGAUGCUUGAUUUCUGAUUCGCCAGGUCGAUUAUUACGAUCUCUUCUCGCAUAAGACAUCUUAUUCAUCAUCGUAGUAUGGACUCGCAGCAGCUUUAUAGUUACAGUAUGAGUAAUGCAGGAUUACCUUACAUGUCAUCUUUUCCAUCACUGCCAAAUGGUUUGCUUGGAUCCUUGAAAGUUGGCUUUGGAAACUCACCCGAUUCACCGUUUUCCUCUCAUUUUGAUUCCGAUACUCUUUCUGCAUUUAGUGACAGCCACGAGCAACACAACUCAGGAGAAAUUCUCUCUGGUAUAAGCCCUUCGUGUAACUCAUCACUUGAAACCAAUCAUUAUACGCAAAGAUCAUUCUCUUCGAUCAACAGUCUCAAAGACAGUUUGCAACUAUAUUCUGCUAGAAAUUCUUUUCUACCAAGUAACCAGAAAAUCAGACACGCCUUGUUGGAACUAGAAACUGCUCUGAUGGCCCCCGAUGAUAACGAAGUUACCACAUCUAAUUCUUCAUUGGGUGAGAGCAUCAAGGAAACAGCAUCCGGCCCGAGAUAUAGAUCAUGGAGUAAUGAGCACCAAGGGUCACAAUAUAUUCAAAGUCAACCGUCACAUGUUACCAGCAGUAGCAGGCAAUCAAAUGAAGCAGUGCAUGUAGAGAAACGACGUAAGUUGGAAGAGGAUUCAUCUCUACAAGGGUUUCCAUCGGGCGAUUUGAAGCAAUUACUGAUUGCAUGUGCCAAAGCCAUGGCUGAAAAUAACACAGAACUUUUUGACCGAUUGAUAGAAACGGCUAGAAAUGCCGUGUCUAUCAAUGGGGAGCCAAUCCAGAGGCUCGGUGCUUAUAUGGUAGAAGGUCUUGUUGCAAGGACAGAAGCGUCAGGGAAUAGUAUCUAUCAUGCCCUUAAGUGCAGAGAGCCUGAAGGUGAAGAAUUACUCACUUACAUGCAACUGCUUUUCGAAAUCUGUCCCUACUUAAAAUUUGGUUACAUGGCUGCCAAUGGAGCCAUUGCCGAAGCUUGCAGGAAUGAGGAUCACAUACACAUCAUAGACUUCCAAAUUGCUCAAGGAACUCAAUGGAUGACACUUCUUCAAGCUCUUGCCGCGAGACCUGGUGGGGCACCCCACGUGCGGAUCACAGGAAUCGACGAUCCAGUCUCUAAAUAUGCCCGUGGCAAGGGACUCGAAGUAGUUGGAGAGAGAUUGUCCUUGAUGUCUAAGAAAUUCGGCAUACCGGUUGAGUUUCAUGGGAUUCCUGUUUUCGGUCCAGAUGUGACAAGGGACAUGCUUGAUAUCAGACACGGAGAAGCUUUGGCGGUGAAUUUUCCACUGCAGCUCCAUCACACAGCUGAUGAGAGUGUUGAUGUGAAUAAUCCAAGGGAUGGACUUUUGAGAUUGGUGAAGUCUCUCUCUCCUAAAGUGGUCACCCUUGUGGAGCAAGAAUCAAACACAAACACAACACCUUUCUUCAACAGGUUCAUAGAAACUCUAGACUACUACUUGGCAAUCUUCGAGUCCAUCGAUGUCACCCUCUCAAGAAAUAGCAAGGAGAGGAUUAAUGUGGAGCAACAUUGUUUGGCUCGGGAUAUCGUCAAUGUCAUUGCGUGUGAAGGAAAAGAAAGGGUCGAGCGACACGAACUGUUUGGUAAGUGGAAGUCUAGGUUGACAAUGGCCGGAUUUCGUCAAUGUCCUUUGAGUUCUUAUGUGAAUUCUGUUAUAAGAAGCCUUCUGAGAUGCUAUUCAGAGCACUAUACACUAGUUGAGAAAGAUGGGGCAAUGCUCUUAGGGUGGAAGAGCAGAAAUUUGAUAUCUGCUUCAGCUUGGCAUUGAUGAAACAUAUAUAGAUAAGAAAUAGUAUAUAGUAAUUGUAGAAAUAACAUGAUGAUGAAAGCAACAAGGUUUGUGUUGAUUUCCAAUGCUAUGUAUGUGUUCAUCAUCUUUGUUUUGUAGGUCUAUGUUCUUUAAAUUUGUCCAUAAAGACGUGAAUCAUAAAUUUCUGAACUUACUAGCA